GAAUGCAUCAGUGAGGGGCCAUGUACGUGUCAUAGCCAUCCCAUCCACACAAUAAACGUACCUUGACCGACCAUUCAGCCACAGGCAGGCAGACAGACAAACAAACAAGUACACACACAUCACAUGCACUGCAGCACUAGGGACUACACAUGGGACUGUCUACACGACUAAGCAGCACAAUCUCUCUCCCCGCUCCCUCCCUCCAUCGAUCCAUCGAUCAGCUAGCUAUGCAGUGGUGAACCCUUGGCUACCGUAUCGGCACGCAACAAAGACUUUCUCCUCCAGUAGCGCACUGCUCUUAUAGGGCGGCAAGUAGAGGGUGUUGAAGCACGUGGCGGCACGGGGCAGCCGCAUCGUGGCAGCGUCCUCCUCACGGUCACGGCAGAUACGAAAUAGAGUCUGGCCGCCCAGACCCAGCAGGUGACUGCAUCGCGCACAGAGACAUACACAGAGAGAAGGAUGAACACACAACAACCUGAUGUGGUUGUAUUAGUGGUGGGUGGGUGCUUACGCGAAUCCCCCCGCCGGCGGAUGUGACGUGCCAGUCGCGAAGCGGAGGAGCAGCCUCUGCUCAUUCUCAUGCAGACGGCGGACGAACGACCAGAACCAUCGGAUCUGAGAGAGAGAGGGACGGACACCACACACACACACACACACAUUCGUGUACUACUGACCACUGUCUGCCCCCGGCCACCUAUCUAUAGCAUCGACCAGAUGAAUACCUGGUCCGAGUCGGCUGUGUAUCUCUCUCCGUAUGUGGUGUUGGCCUCCCAGUCGUCGACGUUGAGGGGCUCAGUUCCGGUGCCCCUCACGCACAGCUCCAGCUCGGCAGGCGUCAGGAUGGAGAUCCACUCGCCGGGCAGCACGUACUGCAGGCCCUGACGCAGCCGCUCGAGACCCUGCCGCCGCACACCCCACAAACGGGACCUGUUAUAUUAGGCAAGCAGACAUACGAGAGGAAGGAUGGGUGGUCGGUUGUGGUUGCUAUGGUUGGUGUGUUUGCUCACGUGGUUGCCAGAUAGACGAACUGUUCUUUGUUGUCAUCGGUCACUUCGACGUUCUCGCCGUUGGGCACCAAAUCGACCUGCUCGCUGCGCCCCUCACCCACCGGCACCUGGAACGAGAUGAGGCCCUCGUUGAUCGAGCCCUGCAGCUCCAUCUUGACCAAGUCCUGCACACACACCAGCACGACAAACACAUGAUAGCACUCACUCAUGCAGCCAGUAGCUGCCUGAUGGUGUGGUUACCUUACCUGCCAGUUCUUGUACAGGUUCUGGUCCCACUGCUCCAUCAGCUCCACCUCGACGGUCUCCUCCUCAGCCCCUGCCUCCAGGGGCUCCUUCCGCAGCAGAUACGCCCACCCCGCCAGCGCCAGAGGGAAGGCGAUGGUCUCGCCGUUGACGAAUGCGGUGCCGAGAAGGCGGCCCAGGCCCUCGUAGAACGACAGAGUGUUGUCGUCCUGGUCGAUGUCGAUCUUGGGCAGCAGAUAGCGACCGCCACUGGGGUUGGCCUCAAAUGCUGACAACGGACUGGAAGACGCACCCUGCAUAAUUAAUUGCAUCAUGGCCACAGUGAGAUAAGGCGAUCCACACCCACACACACACUCUCUCUCUCUCUGUUCGUUUCUACCUCUUCUGUGGUGGCCGCAUGAGCUUGUCCCGCCUGUGCCGCGAACACGCCGUGGAGUGCGUCCCACAUCUCCCGCUGAGGCCCCAGGCAGAUGCCCUCCUCCUCACGGCCAUGCAGCUUGAAUUGCACGUUUGGCCGGGGUGUGAGGAGCAUGUUCCUGUUCUUCUGCAGGAGCUGCCGGGCCACCGAUUGGGACAGCUGGGUCCUCUCGACCAUCAGUGAGUAGUGCCGCUCAAAGAAGACGAUCUCGUUGUCGUUUCUCGUGUCGAUGUAGCCCUCUCUAGGGUCGAAUUCCCAGGUGUCGAGGUGUUCUGGCGGGGGGAAUGCAGCCAUGAGGUGGCUGUGUGCGGUGGCGGGGCCGGUUGAGAAGUCGUAAUAGGCCAGGAGUUGGGCGGCGCGGCGGUAGUUGUAGUCGCGGGUGUGCUUGGUGCGGGCCUUGUUGAUGAGGUAGGCCAACCAGCGGUUCUUGUUGUCGAAAUCCAACACCGUGUAGCCGCGAUCUAACGAAACACAACACACACACGCACACACACACGAAUGUGGUCAAUUGUGUCGGACGAGCGCAUUCUAUCAUGUGGUGAAUGGAUGACGUGAGGUACCUGCCAUGGUGCGUAGGAAGCUCAGGUGUGUGUCGAGCUUCUCGAUGCGGCUGUUGGUCCUCAGGUAGGCGUUGAGGACGGCGAAGAAAGACGGCACCGUGCAGAGGUAGCGGAUGAGCUUGCGGAUCUGCCUGGCGCUCGCGUCGUUACCGUGCAGCGCGCCGCUGGCCAGCCGCUCCAGCUGCCCCUCCGGAUUGGCCUCAAACAAGGUGGCCAGAAUCUCGCGCUGCUCGAGCGACCGGCCGCCAUCGGGACCCUCGCGCGUGAAGUCGGCGUACAGCAAUGGAGGCCAACCUGACAGCCGACAGCCAUCUGGUCAGUGUGAAUUGCAGUCUUCCUGGCUGCCCACACCUCUGAGAUCGACAGCUGUGGGGUCGGCGCGAUGGCUGAGCAGUAGGCGGAUGAUGUCGUUCUUGUUGCUGGCGCUGGGAAUGGACGCAAAGUGCAGGGGGGUGGCCCUGGCCUUGUCGCGGGCCGUCACCGCCGCACCCGACUGCAGCAGCUCACGCGCACACUCGAGGUGGCCUUGCAGGCAGGCUACAUGGAGGGGCGUCUGGCCUGAAUGGCCACACACACACACACACACGGCCUUGCCUUCGUGUUGUGUUGUCUUGUGUCGUGUUUUGCUUUGUACCCUCCUCGUUGAGGACGUCAGCACUGAGGUGUCGCUGUCUGAAGUGGGACAGCAGCACUCUGAGGGCAUCGGUGUGCACGUCAUAGGCCGCAAAGUGGAGAGGCGUGUUGCGGCCACCAAUGCCGUCGGGGAGCGCGCCUCUUUUCCCUGCCUUGGUCUGCUUGGCAGCAUCAACUCCCCGCACGCUCAGCAGAGACCUGAGAAGCCAGAAAGUGACGACAGACGAGCAUCACUGGGUGCGUUAAAAUAUAUGGAGGCCUCUGCAUCUCUGUGUUGUCGUACUGGAGUGCUUGGGCGUCGCCGUUCUUGGCCGCGACGUGCAGUGCGGUGUGUUUGCCGCCGCCGACCGGGUGGUGGAUGAGGUUGGCCAGGGACCAAGUCGAUCGGCUGUGGUCAUCUGUCCACAUGGAGGCUCCGUCGAUCAGGACCUGCUUGUCGACCAACGGGCAUGCAUCCAUCGAUCGCAUCAAGACAACCGUGAGUGACUUAGAUAGGUACGUACGUACGUACCUGAAGCACUGCCGUGUGACCCCUGGCAGCGCUGUGGAAGAAAGGCGACGCGCCAUUGCUGUAGGCCAGCCACCCACAAUGAGUUGAGUGAUGUGUGUGGUGUGAUGUGUGUGGUGUGAUGCCACCCUCCUGACCUGUCAGGCUGGAUCCACUUCUCAAACUCGCCCCAGUCCAUCCCCUCCUCACCACAGAUCGUGUCCACUAUCAGCUGGCACCCCUUCGCAUUCCCAUACAUGGCGCAAUAGUGCAGCGGAGACCUGUCCUCCUCGUCCGUCACCAGACGGAGGCCAUCGCCUCCACUUGCCGCCUUAGACCGGGCUGAUGAAGCGGCUGCUGCUGCUGCUGCUGGAGGGAAAGAGUCACCGUCGCGGGCCGCGAGCAGCAGCUGCAGGGCUUCAUCGGUCUCACAGGCGGCCGCUAUGUGGAUGGGCGUCCUGCCAAACGACACCUCCUUGGCCAUGGCUGGGGCACAGCUGUUGGCAAAGAGGGCGGCCGAAUCCAUCUGCCCGUGGGUGAUCGCCCAGCAGAUGGCUACGGCGAUCUGCGUCUCGCGCUUGGCGUUCCUGGGCAUCUUCUUGAGUCCUUUGCUGAGCUCGUCGAGGCCCUUGAACCGCUGCAGCGCCUUCACGAGCGGGUUGGCCUGCUUCUUGCUAAUGCGGAACAAGUCUGCGGGGGGCGUGAGGUCUUCCUCCCACUUGUGUGUGGGGCCCUCCCCUUCGCCCGCACCGUCGUCCUCUUCCCCCGCCCCCUCGCCACUGUCGUCGAUGAAGUCAUCCAUCGACGACACAUCGCUGGCCGCCGGGACGCCCUCAUCCUGCGAUGUGUCGUCGGCGGCGGCCGGCUGGCGAUGCAUGGUCUCGGACAGGUCGGACUCCUCGUCACUCGACACCGUACCGCGCCGCCGAAAGUUGAACACUGGAAAAUCUGGCGGGAGAGGCAAGGAAGGACACACACAUGAUCAAUCCGCAUGUACGAUGACGGGGUGUCUCUCUGGGUAUGUGGGUGUGCUGGCCCUAGCAGAUGCCUACCUACCUCUGUGGCCCCUUCGCUUCCCCUUCUCCUUCAUCUUCUUCUCGGACUUCCGCUUCUUCUGGUUGUUGCGCGACAGUGACGGCACAGCGGCAGCAGCGGCAGGGGCCUCUUCCUCAGGGAACACCAGGCCAGCAUCACCAUCCGCAUCAUCCUGGUGGCUCUGCAUCUCCUCGUCCUCAUUGUCCACCUCCUCGGUGGGGCGCAGCCUGCGCUUCUUCCUGCGCGAGACGACGUCACUGCCACUGUCGUUGUCGUUGUGGUUGUGUGCGGCUGCAGCUGCUGCCGCCGCCGCGACCGGAGCCCCACCACCGAUCUCGUCAUCGUCUUCGUCAAUGACCGUCUUGCGCCGCUUCUUUGAUCUGCACGCACAGUGACGCCAGAAAGGCAGGCAUCUUGGGUGUGUUACCAUCGUCGCUUCCCUCCCUCCCUCCUUGUGUUGUGUUGUGUUGUGUGGUACCUAGUUGCCAGCUUGUCGUCGGAUGACUCGCUGCUGUUGUUGUUGUCCUUCUUGUUGGACUCAUCAUCGUCGCCAAGCGCCGCCCUCGAAAGCCUCCUGCGUCUGGCUGAGCGCUGACUAAUCACCCUGUUCUCCUCUUCUUCCCCUUCAUCCAAACGGUCGUCCCGCCGAGUCCUUACCAUCCUGCUACGCUCCAAAACACAGCCGACGCCGACGCC